UGUACAAUAAUGUUUGUUUAUUACUUGAGUUGUAACGUGAGCCGUUGAUAUUUGGAUCCCCCAAUACUACUCUUUGACCUAUCUUCACCCUUCUCUGUCUUAUAAGUACGUCCACCCAAACAUGAACUGGUCUUAUUCUUCUUCUUGCAAAACAGUCAGCAAUGUCACAAAGCAGUGACAUGCAGCCCCCUUCAAGCCAAAUCUUGAACCCUCCUUUGUACAAGGAGAUGGGGAACAAAGGACAGGAGGAAAGGCAAUCCCUUGGAGAAUUACCUCUUUAUUGCAGAUAGUUGCUCCCAACAUCCAUCAAAGAGACACUGGCCUGACCUUCUGCACAUAAUCCAACAUCUUCCCUGAUUUGUGCACAGAGGCAAAAAGAAAAGAGUGAACACUGAGAGUGAACUGUUUCCAGACGGCGGCAACACAGUGGUGCAGCUGGUAGAACUGCUGCGUCACAUCGCCAGGUUCAAUCCUGAUCUUGGGUGCUGCCUUUGAGGAGUUUGCACAUUCGCCCUGUGACUGUGCGGGUUUACCCUGGGUACUCCGAUUUCUCCACAUUCCAAAAGAUAUAUAGGUGGUAGGUUCAUUAAUUUGGAGGGUGUUGAUGGCAAUAAAAGAAAUGGGAUUAAUGUAGGAUUAAUGUAAAAGGGUGGCUGAUUGCCAGUGCAGAUUCAAAGGGUCUGUUUCUGAGUGCACUUCUCCAUGACUUACUUCAUCAGGUCAUGCUGCUCCUAAUAUUUCUGAGCUGCAUCAUUAAGACCACUCAUUUCUACAUCAGUAACAUCCAGAUCUGUAACAACCAUUUUCUCCACUCCUGCUGAAAUUGUCAUCAACACUUUUGCUAGCUCUGGUCUUUACCAUUGCAACUUAUUCUAUCUGCAAUCUAUGGUCUAUUUUCUUCUGCCUCCAUAAACUUGAGACUACCAAAGAUCUCUCUGCCAAUGUCCUAAUUCAAAGCCAAUUCUUGCUCACCCACUUGUUAACCCAUACCAGCUCCUGGUCAUGCAAUAUCUUAAUCUACUAAGGCAGUGAAAUCAUAAAAUCAGUGUUCUCUGUCUUGGACCUUUGAACCCCUCUGUUUCUCCUUUUUACAUACUCCUGAGAACCUAUUAAUUUAUUCGUAGCUUUGUUCAUUUGCCCUAAUAUUUUCUCAUGUGGUCAGUGUGCCAGAACAUUAGCUGCUCACCAAUAACAUAUGCAUUCUGGUGCCACACCUAGUUACAGUGAACCAUUACAGUUACAGUGAGUUGCCAACAUUUAGUCAUAUCGACAUUAGAACUCCGCCUCAAUUGUAAAACAUCCACAUACCAGUUGCAACAGAUUAUAUUCGGAAUUGAUGUAGAGACAUGUUACAGUUCCAGCCUGUAAUAGUAAACCCUCAUCAAAGUUACAGAACUCUACUGAAUUAUUGUUGCCAUGGUUUUUCCCCUUUAAGAGAGUCUUAUGCAAUUAGAAUCUGAUUUUCUCUAUCGGAUUGUUGUGUUCAAGAAGGAACUGCAGAUGCUGGAAGAUCGAAGGUACACAAAAAUGCUGGAGAAACUCAGCGGGUGCAGCAGCAUCUAUGGAGCGAAGGAAAUAGGUGACGUUUCGGGCCAGACUGGGUCUGAAGAAGGGUUCUCUAUCGGAUUGUGUGAUUGACUGCGUGUGUAACUGCUUCUAUACCAGUGCAGUCUGAUUCCAUUCUUCCAUUUUAAAACAAAUUAUUCUUCAAUUCACAUGCUUUUUAAAUGUUUUGUUUUCGUUCAAAUGUCGGAAACCUGCCAAAUUUAAACUAGAAAAAUGAAACAAAUCCUGCCAAUUUCCCACCCAAAAACUGCCAUAAACUAGCUUGUGCUGAAAACUCCAUGUACUCUAUCUAGUAACCCCUAGUAAUCUAGUAGAGGCAUUAGGAAAGGCAUUGAUGGAGUAAAAUAAGGUAAAAUUAUUUCCAAAACAAGCCUAUCAGUAACCAGGGGUCAUAGAUUUAAGAUAACUGGUGAGGAGGGGACGUGCUUUACUGUGCAAGUUAUCACUGGUCAUACAUUGCCUGGGCAGCUGGUGGAAAGAGAUUCAGCAGCAGCUUUCAUUGGUGUAUUGUAUAUUUCCUUAUAAAAUUAAAAAAAAACAGGUUCACGGGAAAAUAAAGCAGAGGUGGAACUAUUUGUGAAAUCAUCUGCUCAAAAUUUAUAGGAUGAACAGCCUCCUGUGCUGAAUAAUUCUGAGCCUUUGAAAAUUGAAUUUGAUUAUUCUCACCUAAUUUCCUUUUAUGUCUUUCCUCUUAUCACACACCGUGAAUGAUGACCUCCCGUGUUCUUAUUUCCCCAUCUCCCACUUUAUUUUCACUCUCAUUAUCUCCAUUCCCUUUAUUCUAUCUUUACAGCCAUUCUGCUCUUAUUCUCAUUGCUGAGAUCCUCACUCUGUUAACCAUUUAUUUUUAUUUGCAUCUCAUAACGUAAACUCUCAACAAUACGAACUCUCAAAAAUCUUAUGCAGGAUUUGGGAAGGGUAGAGAGAGAAGCGGGUUCAAGAUGGUCCCCGCUAAACUGGAUAUUUGAAGCACCCCUGCAAAAAAAAAAAAAUAACAACAUGCCUUAAAAGCAUAAACAGAAAACUUCUUGAAAUGGAACAUGAAAUGGAAUCUUGUGCAGGAAGCAACUGCAGAUGCUGGUUUAUACCAAAGAUAGACGCUAGAUGCUGGAGUAACAACACUCAGCGGUACAGGCAGCAUCUCUAGAAUCUUAUACAGGCUGUACACUAGGACCCUGCAGACACCAUAACCUUCCGACUGAAUCGGUUGAACCUGGUAAAGCAAAUACACCUUAGUUACCUGAUGCUACUGUGUUGAUAGAGUAGUUCCUGUGUGAGUUGUGGAGGGCACAUACUCAUUGUUGGACCUUCACCAGAAAGAUGGUAUGGAUGCACCAGAUCAGAAAUUCAGUAAUACAGAUGGGAAUGUUUUGAAUCAUCAGGAAGCUGGGAGCUCUGUGCCAAAGGAGAUUAUUUUUACAUCAGUUGAUUGAAAACUUAUCUAUUUACACUUCUGAUGUCAAGCUAUUGCUAAGCAUCACCAGUGUCCUAUCUUCCAUCUGUGCAUCUCUAAUUCUGAACAUCCUUCUUCGCUUGCUCAUUCUAGCUUAGAACUGUUUGGAACUUUCCACUUUCAUCCUGGCAUGACCCUGCAAAUCCCCAUCCCACGUCCCACUUACUCCCCAGCUCGAGAGAAUCUUAUCAAGGCAGUGCCGCCCCAUUUGAUCUGCUCUCUGGUGUGUGGAGGGAAGGAAUGUCGAUAUGAGGGACCUGGUGACUGGACAUUGCAACAACAAGCAAUCCGGGGUGUGUUCUCAGCAUGGGUCACUGAUAAGAUCCUAGCUAUGGCAAGACCAUCCACACAACUCAUUAAGACGUUCAGCAUCAUCAACCAGUUCAAAGGGUUAAAUAUCAAGUCUGUGAUAAAUCUGCAGGUACCUGGAGAACAUAAUCAUUGUGGAGACCCCUUGGAGUUAAAGAGUGGAUUUUCAUAUUUACCUGAAAUCUUCAUGGAGAAUGAUAUUUACUUUUUUAACUUUGGAAUGGCAGAUUUUGGAGUCUCUUCGCUGGUGCGUUUGCUGGAUGUGGUGAAAGUGAUAUCGUUCGCAGUGGAGGAGGGCAGGGUGGCUAUACACUGUCACGCAGGACUCGGGAGGACAGGGGUCCUGAUUGCUUGUUACCUGAUCUAUGCCACAAGGGUCAGCCCCAGUGAAGCUGUCCAGUUUGUCCGGAUCAAGCGUCCCUUCUCCAUCCAGACCCGCACACAGAUUGACUUGGUAUUUGAUUUUGCCCAGUUUCUAGACUCUCAAAGAACAAUCAUUACAAAUGUGAGCUUGCAUGCUCAGCCCAUCACCCUGCAGCAGCAUCUUUACCGCCAGCAGCACCUCCUGCAUGGUUACGAAGCACGGCGCCUCAAGCAUGUGCCCAAAAUGGUGGACUAUGCCUGCAAGAGGCUUCUGCAGAUAGCAUUUGAUAAGCAGGAUGAUGCAGCGGUGCAGGUGGAGAAACAAAAGGAGACGAAUAUCCACAUCAUGACUCUAUUCAUCAGAGAGACAAUCACUUCCUUCAUUUCCUUGCCAGCGUCUCACCUGGCAAACCAGGAACAUGUGGAUCCCGACAAUGUGCUGAGACCUCCCGUGGGCACAACUAAUUUACUUAGACCGGGCACUUUCUCAGAUGGAUUCCAUCCCCAGUUUCAAUCCAGCAAAUUUACCAGAUUAUCACGAUCCCUCAGUGACUCCAAUCUCUCCACAACGUCUUGGAGGCAUCAUGCACAGGAUCUCCAUGGUCAAUGGACUAUAUCGGUGGGUCAACAUCAAAUGGACACUUCGGAACAGUUCUUCAGUGGGCCAAACAAUCCAUUGAGAUACUCCAUCAGCUGUGAAGGGAGGAGCAACUUUGCAGGGGACAGGAGCCAGACACAGACUGACCAGGCAGCACAGUUCAUCCUCCCUCGACGAACAAACUCUCUACUGAACCCCGGUAGCCUGGCGCUCACAGCUGACAAGAAGGGUAAAUUCUAUGGAAACGUCUCGGUUAAAGAACGUGUCAGAAAAACAGAUGGGUAUUGGUCUCUUCUGGAAAUGGUUGCCAAGGCAAUGUCAGAGGGACCAGAGAUAGACAAUGAUUUAUUGUCCAAAGUCCGCCUUUGGCAGGUGGAGCUAAAUGAGAAUGAAGGGGCUUGGGGCCGACUAGGUGCAGAGGAAGACCCCCGGAUUCUUAGUGCGCUGAUGUGGUGCUGGCUUGAACAUCUCAAGGAGCCAGUGUUGAAAUCAGAGGAUGUAGUAAUACUGUUGUCAAAACCAACAGACAAGCAUAAUCUUGUUGGCUUGGAGAAGUGCCAGGAUGGGACAAUAAACGGCAUCUUGGACUACAUCAGCAAACUCACUGGUUUGCCCUCUUUAAUGGAAGAUGCCAUAAUUCACCGGUUGAUCCAAGCACUAACUCAGAGUGGGGAAGAGAACGUGAAGCAUUUUGCUGCAUUGUCGCAGAAACUGAAAACAGUCAUCAGGGAAAAGCGCUCACAUUUUCUUUUCACUCGGGGCAUGGUAAAGACAACAACUGUUGUGAAGCUAGCCUCACAUGGAAAGAACAAGUGAAAACAACAUGUCCUGGUUUCCUGGUUCCUACAAACCUUCAUUGCUGCCAAAUAAAAUGGGAAUUUUGCAGGUAUUUAAGAGCACACGGUGGAGGCAGAGGGGAAGUUGGCAGUUACAAAUAAAGGUUUACUGAAAUGUGGCAGAUAAUUUCUCGAAGUAGAAGGCAUACUCAAGUGGGAUGCCGAUAAGCAAAGACAUUGGCAGAGUUGUUUUAAUUUCCCUAAACUACCCACCUGGUCAUGCUUCCGAUGUGUGACCCUUUGGCAUAGUGGGAGGAUUUGAACCUCUGGAUCAGAAUGUAUACGGUACAAACCGUUUCCCAGUGGUUCACAUGGGCUGGGAUUGUAUCUCCAACUCUGAGGGCUGGGAUUUCAGGCUAUAACUAUAUCAUGUGCUUGAUGUCCAUAUUUCACCCAACAUCUUGUAAGUUGCAGAAGUCUAUAAAACACUACUCCUGCUCCUCACCACUGCAGUGCAAGGACUGUUGGGAUAAAGAUAGUAGAUGAAGCAUGAUUGCAGAUUCAAUGGUUAGUUCGAAAAGGGAUGAAUAUUACAUGGGAAUUCCUUACUCGUCUCACUUGGCACUUUACUCUGUAUUUAACUCGACCUAAACUUGCCCUUGGAGAAUUUGAGGGCAGUUUAUUCUACAUUUAACCCUUGCUUCACCUGGAAUAGAGUUGUAGGGCCAGAGAUAUGGCACAGACAUAGGCCCUUUGGCUCAUCAGAUGUACACCAACCAUGAAUCACCCAUUGAUACCAAUCCUACAGUUUUUUAUUCAUCUUGCAUUGCAAGGAGAGUAUCAGUGACAAACGUGGAUUUCUGUUCAUUUUCCUGCUCUUGUUACUGAGGUAAUGUUGAGGGAUACAACAGUAACAAGUUUAAUAUAUACACACCUGGUUAUUUUUGUGUAUUAAUGUAUGAAAGAAUUUGCCUUCAUUGAUGCAUUUUAUAUUCUUACUUUGUAGUAAUUUAUUAAAUUAUGCUAAAGUUGACUGUUAAUUAAAUCUGUCAAACCAAAUGUCACCGCCUCACUUCUUCAGAGUUAAUUAUUAUCCUGAAUAAUCGAUGAAUCUGUAAAGUUACACUCUGAGUAAUCUUUGCCUUCCUGAAUAAAUGAGACUGGGUUCCUGUAUUGCUUUAAUCGCAUCAGUUAAUCCCAUCGGGUGACUGACCUACUUCUGUUUAAGAUAAAUAUCUAUUUGUAGAAUAGGAUAGCUCAAGUUGUAACAAAAGUAUCUAUUCACCAUCUGUAUCAGAUAUUCAUACUGCACACAAGUAUUGCUUGGAUUAUGUUUAGAUUUAUUAUGUUCAAUCAAUAAACCUUGCCUUUGUGUACGAUUAAAUAAA